GCAUAAUUUUUACACAUGAAUAUGUGAUAUUUAGCUUUUGCAUUCUCCCUGCCAGUGAGUCGGUCCUGUGACUCACCCGCAGGGUGUGUGCUGCUGUGCGUGUCAACAGAAAGGCACAGGAAUACAUUUUGCUGUCCAGCUGGGAGCCAUUUUUAAGUUGUGUGUUCGAGAUCAUCCAAGUGUCAAAACUGACCCAAGAGAUGCUGGAUGAAAAAUGCACAAUGUCAUGGCAAUACUUACAUUUUUCUUCGGGGUCACAUGCUUCAAGCAACCAGGGUCCCUUAUCCAGGAUCCAGGAUUUCUGCAGCAUUGGUAAAGAGUCACCCAACUACCUUGACCAUGUAUCAGAACAAGUAGACAAAUACAGGGGGCAGACUGUGUCUCUGGAGAAGCCAGCAGGGUAUCCAAUGAGAAUUGGGGGGCUAGAUGACACAAUCUAUGCAGAAAUGGAGGAUGAGCUUGAAGCAUGGGAAGAUUUCUACCUUCCUGAAAGAGUAGAGAUGAGAGUUGUCGGUGCCAUUGAUAUGUUCCCGAGUCUGGCGGUGGGGCUGCAGCUGAUCAUUCUGGCAGGCAAAGAUGGCAACAUCUAUGCAUAUGAAAAUGAGGUGUUGCACCAAGUGGCUGACAGCUUGCAGGACCUCUUCCAAAAGGGAAUUGAGUUUCCUGGAACCAAAGUCUACAACUAUGGGGAAUGUUUUGCUCCUAUGACAGAAGAAGAAUAUGAUGAAUUAAUGGAGGAUGAAGAAGUAAAGAAAAUGAAAGAGGAGACCAGGGAAUUCAUCAAAAGCAAUGAAGUGGAAUUUCUGAGCAUACUGGCCCGCAUUGAAGAAAAAGAGAAUGCAGAAAAGGUUGUGUCCAAUGAAGUUGUGCCUUGUAAAGAGAAUGCAGAAAAGGUUGUGUCCAAUGAAGUUGUGUCUUGUAAAGAUAAUGCAGAAAAGGUUGUGUCCAAUGAAGUUGUGCCUUGUAAAGAGAAUGCAGAAAAGGUUGUGUCCAAUGAAGUUGUGCCUUGUAAAGAGAAUGCAGAAAAGGUUGCGUCCAAUGAAGUUGUGCCUUCUAACCACCACCGCCCCAAGCAUGUUGUAGUUCAGAUGUGGAAGCAUGCAGAUGAAUUGGUCAUAUUUAAUUUAAAUGAUGCCGAUUAUAAGAUAUUGUGCAAGGUCUUCCAGCUACUACAGCGUGAAAAGCGGGAAAUUAAUGGGAAUUGUAGGAGAUUCCUGCUCCGUUUCAGAGCUCUUCCAUGUGUGCAUAAACUCUGUUCUUGAUUACAUCCUGAUUUUUACCCAUAAAGUCCAUGUCUAUAGGAGGCUGUGUGGUCCAGUGGUUAAAGAAAAGGGCUUGUAACCAGGAGGUCCCCGGUUCAAAUCCCACCUCAGCCACUGACUCAUUGUGUGACCCUGAGCAAGUCACUUCACCUCCUUGUGCUCUGUCUUUCGGGUGAGACGUAGUUGUAAGUGACUCUGCAGCUGAUGCAUAGAUCACACACUCUAGUCUCUGUAAGUCACCACGGAUAAAGGCGUCUGCUAAAUAAACAAAUAAUAAUAAUAAUGUCUUUGGGCCUGAAAAGAGAAUUGUCCCACAACUGCAAUGGCACCCAAACAGUUACAUGUUAACUGCCAAUGCAAGAUGACAUUUUUGAAGAGUGCUCAAUAAAUUAUCAAAGGGCUUGCUCAACUCCAAAGAAAACUUGAAUCUUAAUUCACAACAUUCACUUUAGGUGCUUUGAUCAAAGAGAAUUCUUACAUGUUACCUACCAGAAAACCAGCACUCACCUCAAAUUUUAAAAAAAGAUUAUUUAUUCAUUUCAGACUUUUGUUUUCUUUUUUAAAUGUCAGAUACGCAAGCACAGAGAGAGACGCAUUGCCGCUAGAUGCCUUCCUCGGCGUGCAUUCAAACAAACUUAAUUACAUUUUUGUAGAAUUGAUUGGUGAUUAUUAUAAUGUGUUAAUUAAUUUGCUCUUAAAGGGAAAGUCAACAAUAAAACAAUACACAAGAAAAACAAGCUGUUUUUAUUGCUGUAUUUUUAUUGUAAUGUUGGCUUUUCCUUUUUAAGAGCAAACUAAUUAACACAUUAUAAUAAUCACCAAUCAAUUACUGUGAAGCCAUACAUAUUUGCAAGCCUUUUACUGUGUGUUUUUCGCGUAUGAAAAACAACGCUAACAUUUUUGGCACUUUUGCACUUUGUGAUGGUAUUCCACUAUGAAAGGCGCUAUAUAAAAAUAAAGAUUAUUAUUUAUUAAUGUCAAACUCCACUAACAAUACAUACUUCGUAUAUUGCAACAGGUCGCCAACAUUUCUGGAGCAAAAUAGGUUUUAUGGGUGCGAUUCGCCAAAUAUUUUGGUCGCAAAUAUUUAUGACUUUACAGUAUAUAAAAAAGUAAUUUACUUUGUUUGACACACGAGGAAGGCAUCUUGCUGCAACACAUCUGUGCUUACACGUCUCCCACUUUUUAAAAAGAGUCUAAAAUGAAGAAAUAAACAAAUAGUCAUCUAUUAUUGAAGAGAAGACAGGAAUCUAUUCAGCAAACCAAGACAUAGCAUCAUCCGUAACUUAAACAAUAAUCAGGAUUCUGAAGUAAAACUUCAAGGAAACUAAGUCAGGUAAACACUUGUUUGGUGUAAGUCUUAUACUAAAGAAGGCAGUAGCUGAACGCUUGUUAACUUCGUUUCUUGUGUAAGUUUUACCCAAGGUGUUAAACCAGAGAUAUGAGUGGGAUUGUCAGCAGUUCUGUGCUGCUACUGUUCUAAAGUUGACAUGCCACCUAAAGCAGCGAGAGGUAGGGGUGUGCAAGACUGGCAUUCAGAAAUGGGCAGAGCCAAAAGUGGGCUGGGCCAGUCCCAAAACCUGAAGCUGCGUUUUAUCACUCAUUUCCGAAUCCGAGUCCUGCACUACCCCAUUCAAAACCAAGGCAUUCAAAUCAGUUUGCCUCAUACAUUAAGCACUGGUCCCCUUGUUGAAGGGCUUAAGAACGUUUUAUUCUUUGCUUACUUUUUGUUCUUUAAUGUGAAGACACCCAGAUUUUUUCAAGCAUCACGCUGUCCUGUCUUGUCUCAGUAUUAUUAUUAUUAUUAUUAUUAUUUAUUUCUUAGCAGACGCCCUUAUCCAGGGCGACUUACAAUUGUUACAAGAUAUCACAUUAUUUUUACAUACAAUUACCCAUUUAUACAGUUGGGUUUUUUUUUACUGGAGCAAUCUAGGUAAAGUACCUUGCUCAAGGGUACAGCAGCAGUGUCCUCCACCGGGGAUUGAACCCAUAAUCCUCUGGUCAAGAGUCCAGAGCCCUAACCACUACUCCACACUGCUGCCCUAGCGAUCUGUACAACUGCUGUACAGCGAUCACUCCGUGUCUCUAUGUACAGCGAUCACUCCGUGUCCUCUAUGUACAGCGAUCACUCCGUGUCCUCUAUGUACAGCGAUCACUCCGUGUCCUCUAUGUACAGCGAUCACUCCGUGUCCUCUAUGUACAGCGAUCACUCCGUGUCCUCUAUGUACAGCGAUCACUCCAUGUCCUCUAUGUACAGUGAUCACGCCGUGUCCUCUAUGUACGAGGUGUCCUGUAGAAAGGUGCAUUUCCAUGGUCUGGUCUUGGCUGGUGAACCAUGUGGGUGAGUCUAACACAAGAAGUGAAAGUAUACCUGGAAGUUUAGUAGAAGCUUUAUAAAGCUAAGAAGUGGUAAACUCCUAAAGUAACAAAAAAAAGAGGAAAGAACACAAAGUCAUGAAUCACAAAGAUUAGGGGACCAGUGAUAUUGUUGGCAAUGCUAGAAGAUGAGAAGAUAUAUUUAAAAGCCAAGGUUAGCAUUCUUUGAAAUAUAAAGUUGUGUUCAAAAGUUUGGAAACAGCAAGAUUAGAGCUGGGGAUUGUAUUGAAGAUUUUCCUCACUCUGAACCCUUUCUUAACAUCUUGGUAUCCCUGAAUAGGUAACCCUCCAGUUUAUAGUUAUGCACUGACACUCAUCAUGGGAUAUUGCAAUUUUGGUCAGAAUUAUUAGGUAACUUUUUGUUGACCUGCUGAUAAAUGUUUAACUGUCACUGUUAUAUGGUAAAAUAACCCAUGAAUGAAUUGAUUUAAUAUAGAAAUGUACAAAUUGUAUUGCCAUUUAUUUGAAUGUGCUUGUUGUAUAAACAGUAUGCUGAGUGAUCGUUGGUGGUAUCUGGUUUUUAUUCACCUUGGGAGGGUGUCCUUACAUAACCCACAUGCUCCUGUCAGGGCUCAUGAUUUACUGGGACAUCCUGCGGCCAAUAAAAACGUACACCACGAGCGAUCAGUCCGUGUCUCUAUGUACAGCGAUCACUCCGUGUCUCUAUGUACAGCGAUCACUCCGUGUCCUCUAUGUACAGCGAUCACUCCGUGUCCUCUAUGUACAGUGAUCACGCCGUGUCCUCUAUGUACAGUGAUCACUCCGUGUCCUCUAUGUACAGCGAUCACGCCGUGUCCUCUAUGUACAGCGAUCACGCCGUGUCCUCUAUGUACAGCGAUCACGCCGUGUCCUCUAUGUACAGCGAUCACUCCGUGUCCUCUAUGUACAGCGAUCACUCCGUGUCCUCUAUGUACAGCGAUCACUCCGUGUGAUCUAUGUACAGUCACCGCUGCCUAAUCGGGAUCCUGAUAAUCGGGAUUGCUGAUUCUUUAAAUUCCCCCGAGGCGUCCCGAUAAAGCAGUGCAGACUGGAUAGUGCUUAAAGGGAUAGAACCAUUUAUAUCUGCCUUGUAAAGAAGCUCAAAAGGCAAAACUCUUUCUUCUACUUUGGUGUUUGGUGUUGCAGUAAAAUGGUAUAUAUUUGUACAGCACUUAAAGGGAUACAUGCAGCUAUAUCAUGUGUAUCUACAUUGUGUAUACAGACAGAUUUUCUGAUUAUCCAGGAGGUUUCUAUAUUUUUCACUGAAAAUGUAAAUUUAAAAAUGUUGCACUUGUAUUACUGAUGAUUAAAUAAAGAAUAUUUGAUGAAGAA